AUGUCCACAUCCACUGUUAUACUCAGUAAUAUUCCUUUUAACUGUCAAGAGUCUGACAUUCAUCGUGCGCUUCUUAUGUACGGGACGGCCAUGGAUAUACAGCUCAAUCACCAGACUUCUCAGGCUGCCGUCACGAUGCGUAACAUCCAGGAGGCCCAGGCUCUCCUUAGUCGCCAUACCGUUAAUGUGAUUGGGUCCACCGUGCGGGUGGAUCCGUUCGGGCAGCCGCAGCCCCCUCAGCAGCCGACGUACCCUCCAUCCAAUUAUUACAACCUCCCCGGGGCAGGCGGGGCCCCCCCUCCUCCCCCUCCGCAGCUGCAGCCUUCCCAACCCGCCUCGAUUUAUCCAGGGGCGGUUUCGGGGGGGGGUCAAGUCCCCCAAGGGGAUGGCGGCAGCCGUUUCCCCACGAAUCGACUUCGAAUUGUUGUGGAGGAUUGCCGCUACACCGUCACCCGGGAUGUCUUGUUGCAGAUGUUUAGCAUGAUUGCACCCCCAACGCACGUAUAUUGUGGGCCCUCCGGCCCCACCACGAUCGGGAAUGUCGAGUUCAGCGACGUUGCCUCCGCGGAACGGGCGAUGCAGCAGUUUAACAAUCAGAAUAUUUACCCUGGUUGUUGCUUUGUGAAGCUCAGCUAUGACCAAGCGAACUACUACCACCAGUCCAACCAACCCAAUUCCGGCUCGCGCGGGGGAAGAGGGGGGGCAGGGGGGCAUCCCGGUUUUUUUGACCAACGUAGCGCCCCUCGCGCGGUGGAGUCGAUGCCCUAUCUGAUGCAGCAGCAGCCGGAGAUGAUGAUGAAUCGACCGCCCGAUGGUCGGCGUGGUGGGAGGGGAGGGGGAUCGCGCGGGGGGGCGGGGUUUUCUCGUGGGGAAGGCCGUGCGGCCCCCUAUUACAACACCGGCAUGAGCGGUGCGGGGUUUGACCCCCUCGGCGUCGCCGUCUACGGUGGAGGGCGCCCGAUGGUCCCGCAGCCGGAGGAGGCGACGGUGGUGAUCAGCAACGUCGCGGAGAAUGUCCCGCUCUACGAUCUUUGGGUGCUUCUUGAGGUCUACGGCAACGUCGAUUCCCUGAGGCGGCAGUAUAAGGAUAAGACCAGCGUCUCCGCCCAGUUUCAGCACUUCCUGGACGCCAAGACGGCGGUGGUGUACCUGCAGAACUGCCCUUUUCAUGAUCGUAUGCUAGGGCUCAAGUUAUUUGCAGGUUACGUGGAACGGGGCGGGAAAAUCGAAUGGAAUGCGGGGCCUGCAACCGACCCUGCAACCCAGGCCGUGCUCUUCACGUCAGGGUUUCACCACCGCACGAAGCCCUCGGCGCCUUUCAACCCACUCAGCCGCAUUCGACCAGAUAAAAACCUUUUUGUCUCUAACCUCGUUGAUAGUAUAACAGAUGACGAACUGAAGAGUAAAUUAACAAAGAGGAAUGCGGUUAUCGAAAAGUUUUACAGAAAAAAUGCGACGGUGGCUAUCGUCGGCUUUAAGGAUAUCGGAGAUGCGAUCAACGCGCUCGUCGCGGCACAUGGUAUCCAACUCAAGGAACGCUACUUACGCAUUACGUUUUCACGGUUUCCACCUGAGCCACUUACAGGUGCUGAAAACGAGCAGGAUAACAUGGAUGAAGAGGCGAACGCCAACGCAGAUAGUCGCCGCGGUGAAGGGGGAGAGCACUCUAAUAAGGAAUCCAAUAAUGCAGACAACUCUUCGUCUUAA